CCAUGGCUCACGGGCCCAGCCGCUCCGCGGCAUGUGGGAUCUUCCCGGACCGGGGCACGAACCCGUGUCCCCUGCAUCGGCAGGCGGACUCUCAACCACUGUGCCACCAGGGAAGCCUGGGAAUGGAUUCUUCUUAGCUUAAUCUUAUCACCCAGAACCAGAAGUUAUCAUUGAUUUCUUGCAUGAAUACACUCCUGACUUAAACAUCUCCAAUGGCUAACGAAGCUCACCCUUGUCCUUGUGACAUUGGCCAUAGAAUAGAGUACGGAGGGUUGGGGCGUGAAGUUCAAGUUGAGCACAUCAAGGCUUAUCUCACCGCAUCCCCCGUGGACGCUGGCAAAGCUGUGAUUGUCAUUCAAGAUAUAUUCGGCUGGCAAUUGCCCAAUACCAGGUAUAUGGCCGACAUGAUUGCAGGAAAUGGAUACACAACCAUUGUUCCAGACUUCUUUGUAGGACAGGAGCCAUGGCACCCCUCAGGGGACUGGUCCACCUUCCCGGAGUGGUUGAAGACAAGAGAUGCCAGAAGGAUCGAUAAAGAAGUUGACGCGGUCUUGAAGUAUCUGAAACAACGUUGUCAUGCCAAGAAAAUUGGAGUCGUGGGAUUCUGCUGGGGUGGAGUUGCUGUGCAUCACAUGAUGAUGAAAUACCCAGAAUUCAGGGCAGGGGUGUCCAUCUACGGCAUCAUCAAAGACUCUGAAGACGUGUACAAAUUAAAGAACCCCACGUUGUUCAUUUUUGCUGAAAACGAUGCUGUGAUUCCUCUAGAGCAGGUCUCUCUGCUGACUCAGAAGUUGAAAGAAAACUGCGAAGUGGAAUAUCAAAUUAAAACGUUUUCUGGGCAAACGCACGGCUUCGUGCAUCGCAAGAGAGAAGAUUGUUCGCCUGAAGACAAGCCCUAUAUCGAUGAGGCAAGAAGGAGCUUGCUCGAGUGGCUGAACAAGUACGUGUAGCCAAGGCCAAGGGCAAACUUUCUCAAAAUAGCUCGCAUCCAGAAAUUUGCUUUGAUAAUGCUUAGAUCAUUUGAUUUCAUUUUCACUUUACAGAAGAUGAAUCAAGGAAUCCUGAAAUUCAUCUGAAACACAAAUUCAGUAGGAAAAGUUAAUGUAUGAAAUACUUUAACCUUUAACAUGUGCAUAAAGAAAAAUUUUAACAACAGGUCGGGACCUGAAGAAUUUGGAUGGUAGAGUAACGUGCUAACUUUAGGAAAAACCUAGAGCUAUCCAGGGACCAGCUCACAGAUCAGGCAUGGCCUUCCGGCCUUGAAUUGAGCACAUCCUCUAAAACGAAUGCUAUGGCAAAACCGUGAAGAGCCUGAAAUGUAAACUCAGGUAAAGCCCACCUUACUUGGACUUUUCUCUCUGUCUUAAUACAGAUGAAUUUGUCAUGUUCAUAUAUUGCACUAUGAGAAAUUUUGAGAUUAAAAUAAGGUUUUAAUGACUGACCUAAUCAUAUCAAGCUAAAGACUUAAUUUCUGAGUUUUUGAAUCUGUGGCUUUUUCUAAAAGCUAAUAAAAAACGAUGGAUGAGCGUUGCCAUCCAGCUCCCUGCUAGGCA